UUUCUUUGAAAAAAAAACUGAAUGAGAGCUUGAAAGAUGUCUCUCCCUUCUCUAUAUAUACCUUUAAACGAAUCACACUCUUCAUUCACAAUAUCAUCAAGAAAAAUCUUCAAUCAAUUUAUAAGCCAUAUACAUUGCUUCAUUUUGUAGUUUUCGAUGGCGAAUUCCUUCUUUCUUCCUUUAAGCAUUCUAGCCCUUACAUUUUCUUCCUUUUGUUUUGCAACUGACCCGAAAGCCUUGCAAGACUUCUGCGUGGCUGAUGCUGCUAGCUCGGUGAACGUCAACGGCUUCACAUGCAAGAACCCUAAAGAUGUCACCGCCGAGGAUUUCUUCUUCAGCGGCUUAGACAAGGCCGGCAACACCACCAAUCCAUUGGGCUCCAAGGUCACCCCAGUCUUCGCGGCCCAACUUCCCGGCCUCAAUACGCUCGGGAUUUCCAUGGUUCGGAUCGACUACGCUCCGUGGGGGCUCAACCCGCCCCAUCUCCACCCGAGAGCCACCGAAGUUCUCGUCGUUCUUGAAGGAACUCUUGAGGUUGGUUUCGUGACAUCAUCACCCGAGAAUAAGCUGUUUACUAAGGUGCUUAACAAGGGAGAUGUUUUCGUCUUCCCGGUUGGGCUCGUGCAUUUCCAACGUAAUGUUGGGUACACAAACGCUGUCGUCUACGCCGGAUUGAGCAGUCAAACACCCGGUGCUAUUCCGGUUGCGGCUGCUCUUUUGGGUCAACUCCGGCAGUCAGUGAUGAUUUAUUGGCCAAGGCAUUCCAAACGGAUAAGAACACCAUUGACCAGAUUCAGGCCAAGUUCUAAUUAAACCCGAGAUCAAGUUCGCCCGGGAGAAAAAAAAAACGAGAUCAAGAAAUCAAGCAGCAUUGAUUGGCAUGCACUACUGCUGGUGGUGGAGCCUAUAUUAUUUGUAUUUUACGAGUUAUACCCAUUUGAUUUUUUUUUUUUUUUUUUUUUUU